AUGGCCAUUGGAGAAUCUGAAGAGGAAUCUGAGGUCCAAAGACAGGAACCUGAAGAUGAAGCCAUUGGGCUGGUAAGGAGCUUAAAUGAAAUCACAGCCCAGGCUGAUGCUGCUCCAGAAGAAGGAACAGGUGAUGGAACAGAUUCUUCUAUCCAGGGAAACUUGACAGGGGGAAUUGAACAAAGAGGAACUGAAUCUAAUAUCUCAAUGGAAUCUGUCCAUGAGCCUGUUCCUCAACAACAAAACAUUGGAGAAACAUCUAGAGGAAACCAGUUGGUUGUGGAAGAAAGUAGCAAGAAAACAGGGGGAAGUGGAUCAGAGGAAGCUGCUGAGGGACUCGUUAAUCUUGGAAAGCACACAGAUGAACCUGGUUCAUUUGUGGAAGAAACUCUAGCAGAUCUCUUGAAAAGGGUAGGUGAUAGCUAUAAACCCAAGAAAAAUAGAACUCCGAAACUAAAGACUCCUGUCACAGCAAGAGCCAACAAGAAAAGGAAGGAUGCUUCUUCUGAAACUACUGAAACUCCCUUACCAAAAGGAAGGGCCACGAGGAGCAAGUUGAAGAAAAGUGAGGAAGAGUUGCAGAAAGCUAUGGAAGAAAGUAAGAAGAAAAGGAUGGACAAAGGUAAAGCAAAGGUGGCAGAGCCUAUUGAGGCUGUUGAUGUGGAUAAGAUGGACCCGGUCCAUCAAGGUGAACAUGUGACUGUUGAGGUGGAGUUUGCUGAACCCUCUACUUUGGCUAAACGGACAAGGUCUGCUGUGAAAUCCAAACAAGUGAAAAUUACUGAAGAAGAAGAUUGGAGUGGUGAAGAGGAGGAUGAGUCUGAUAAUGAACAGGACAAACUGGCCAAGUUUGGCAAACGCACUAUCUUGAAGGGAAGACUUUUGAAGGACUUGGAGGAAAAAGGGAUGGUUCUACUGCUUGAAAGGCUAGAGUUGGGCGAAAUCCUUGGCAUACCUUCUGAAGGUUAUGAUGAUUACACAAGGCAAAAAUGGCCAAGUCUGGACUCUCUUCCUACUGCCCUAUCCAUCACUAGGAAAUUCUGUGAUAAUAAGGAGGUCAAUGCCCCAAAGGCUGUCUAUAAGAGUGAAAUGAAGCCUUCCCACAAGGUACUGUUUGAAUUCGUCAUCAAGUGUGUACUGCCUAGGCAGGAAAGAAGGCAAAUUGCCAACUACAUGGACUUGGUUUUGAUGGAAUGUCUGGAUAGUGGGCGGUAG